UCAGUACACAUGGUGUCGGUGACAAAGUGUACGACGCUGCUCGUUUUCCAGUUACUCGGUUAACGUUUAACCUUCGUGGCAUCCCCGUUUAUAAGCAAUUUCUACAGCAUCCUAACCGCUUUAUUUUCAUUAGUCCUGGAUGAAUAUCCAAACAGACGCCGACAAUUACAGUCAUCACCUAGAGGAGAGCGCUGGGGGACUUGCGGGAGUUACGUUGAACGGAAUGGAGUACAGUUAUGAUGUUGAUUUGGAAGAACUAUGUCCUGUUUGUGAUGAUAAGGUGUCGGGAUACCAUUAUGGUCUAUUAACUUGUGAGAGUUGUAAGGGCUUUUUUAAAAGGACUGUUCAAAACAAUAAGAGGUACACAUGUGCAGAGAAUCAGAAUUGUAAAAUUGACAAAACUCAAAGGAAACGGUGUCCAUUUUGUCGAUUCCAGAAAUGUCUAAGUGUUGGAAUGCGAUUAGAAGCGGUUCGUGCAGACCGAAUGAGAGGUGGCAGGAAUAAAUUUGGCCCCAUGUACAAGCGUGACCGGGCCCUUAAGCAGCAAAAAAAGGCUUUAAUACGAGCCAGCAGCCUCAAGAUGGAGACCAGCACCCCUCUGGUUUCCACCAGUCAGGUGGACUACAGCUUCACCAGCAGCCUACCAGCACUGCACCCGUUGCCCAAGGGCAUUAUCCAGACCACCCCCACCUCCCUCCCCCCAACAGACUACAACCGCAACCUCUAUGGACCUCCAUCACUGGGGGUACCAGUGCCCAACAAUGCCUCCCAACCAGUUUAUUACCAGUACAGCUCCUUCCCCAACCGGGUGAUCAAGUCAGAAUACCCGGAUCAAUAUACAAGUUCUCCAGACUCUGUGGUGGGGGGCUGCGUUUACCCUGACCAGGUGUACUCAGUACCAGGCUCACCUCAGGCUGUUGGGGUGCCUCAGAUGGUGCUGGAGAUCUCACGCUGUGACCCUGAUGAGCUGCAGGUGCAGAGUAAGAUUGCUGCCCAUCUCCAGCAGGAGCAGAGCAGCAGAGGGAAGAUGGAGAGGGCCAGCACCUUCAGUGUCAUGUGUCUCAUGGCCGACCAGACGCUGUUCUCUGUCGUGGAGUGGGCCCGCAGCUGCAUCUUCUUCAAGGAGCUCAAGGUUGGAGACCAGAUGAAGCUUCUUCACAACUGCUGGAGUGAGCUAUUAGUGUUAGAUUUCAUCUCCAGACAAGUCCAUCAUGGAAAAGGGGGAAGUGUUCUUCUGGUCACCGGACAGGAGGUAGAGCUUGUGUCCAUAGCUUACCAGGCUGGAGCCACACUCAGCAGUCUGGUCCAGAGGGGACAGGAGCUGGUGGAGAAACUGCAGAGCUUACAGGUUGACCGCCGAGAACUGGCCUGCUUAAAGUUCCUCAUCCUCUUCAAUCCUGAUGUAAAGCUUCUGGAGAACCAGUCAUUUGUUGAGAGUGUUCAGGAACAGGUGAAUGGGGCUCUGCUAGAGUACACGCUGUGUGCUUAUCCACAGUACCUGGACAAAUUCAGCCAACUUCUACUGCGACUCAGUGAGCUGCGCUUGCUCAGCAUCCAGGCAGAAGACUACCUGUGUUACAAGCACCUGAGUGGAGAGGUUCCCUGUAACAACCUUCUCAUUGAGAUGCUGCAUGCCAAGAGGGCAUGAGGGUGAGGAGGGGGGGGGGAGAUCACAUGGGGUGUCAGUGUUGCUCAAAUGUUGUCUGUGUAAAAGCGAGAAUGUUUGUGUUGAGAGAGGGACUGUGUUUGCCUUUGCGUGUGUGUGCGUGUGUAAAUUAAACACAUCACAGAGCCAACUCAAAGCUGGCUAGCUUAGGCAUUGUGCCGUGGGUUAUCACUACAGUUUAUUGCUUUAGACUGGUUCGGAUUGCUUUCAUUCCUGUCCUACAAUAUAUUUGCGGUAUGCAACUUAAAGACAUUUCCAGUUUAACAUCUCUUUUACUGUGCAAACCA